AUGUCCAACGUUCCCCAGACGCCUCCCCGUUUGGCUCGCAAUCAAGCCUCUAUACGAUCCCCCAAUUUGCACACACCUGCCAGAACUCCAGUGAGAGAAGUGAAGGGACUCUUCACACCUUCAACAACCAGUAAACAAAAAUCAAAUCUACUCGCCCCACCAACUUCAAACCUCUUCAAGACUCCUUCUUCUAUCAAGAAGAAACCAACCACGAACGCUAAGAAUGUGUCCCUGCUAUUGCCUAUCACUCCAGAAUUCACUCCUCAGAGGUCGCCCAGCAGAGGGCCGAGAAAGAGAAAGUUUGCCUCCAACGAACUUUUCAAACAUACAUCAGAUACACAGAGUGGUCACAAAGAUUUGGAACCACUCUCCUUUGGCUUGUUGUUGCCAGCUCCUUCUACCGUGGGCUCGGGCAGAGCAUCUAGCAGUCAGACUCCAGGAAGCAGAGCUAAACCAGAUGGGUUGAAGCUCGACACUUUGGCACGUCUCAACAGCAAUUUACAAUUCGAGGAGGAUGACGAGGACAUCGCUGAGCUGGAUUCAAAGAUGCCUCUCACUCCUAAGAAACAAAUGAUAGACGAACAGAUGACUACAACACUCACAUGGAAUUGGUCAAUCACAGAACAGGCCAAAGACGAGUUGUCAAGUUGA